AAGGGAGUCAGAAGGAAUGCUCUAUUCGACGAAUCUGUUUUAACUUUCCGGCCGGGAGAUCCCUAGGUCGGUCCCCCACGUUUCUUCUCCAUUCUCCUCCCACGAUUACGGGAAUCCAAUCGCCAAAAACACGAACAACGGCGAUGAGAAGGGCGAAAACGCAAUCGGCAAUGCGAAUAAGUGCAGGAGGUGCGAAAAAGGAUUGAUUUUACACUUUUUCGGCAGGCAUUUCCAUCUGAUUAUUGAAGAUUGAUCGGUCUCUAUAACGCGCUGAAAUAAUUCGGAAGUUAAAAAUGUCAAAUUUCGUUGGAGUCAUAGUCUCUGAUCCGUGGCUCCAGAGCCAGUUCACGCAAGUGGAGCUACGAGGUCUCAAAUCCAAGUUUCUUUCUACAAAAAAGGAGACAGGGCAUGUCAGUGUAGGCAAUUCGCCCUCACUGUUGGCAAAGCUGAAGGGACUGAAAGAUUUGGUUACUGAGCAAGAGAUUGCAGAUAUGUUGAGUGAGUCUUACCAAGAAACUAGUCAGGAACUAGACUUUGAAACCUUCCUCAAGGCAUAUCUGGAUCUACUAAAUCGUGCAGCAGCCAAAUUAGGUCAAGCAAAGAACUCCUCUUCAUUCUUGAAGGCAGCUACUACUACACUCUUGCAUACCAUUAACGAAUCUGAAAAAUCAUCCUAUGUGGCUCAUAUCAAUAGUUACCUUGGAGAAGACACAUUUUUGAAGAAAUACCUUCCUUUGGAUUCUGCUACUAAUGACCUUUUCGACCUUGUCAGAGAUGGUGUUCUUCUAUGUAAAUUGAUCAAUGUGGCGGUACCGAGUACUAUAGAUGAAAGGGCAAUCAAUACAAAAGGAGUACUCAAUCCCUGGGAAAGGAAUGAAAAUCACACUCUUUGCCUCAAUUCUGCAAAGGCUAUUGGGUGCACUGUUGUCAAUAUUGGAACACAGGACUUGGUUGAAGGGCGGCCUCAUUUGGUUCUGGGGUUGAUCUCCCAAAUUAUAAAGAUACAACUCCUAGCAGAUCUCAAUCUCAAGAAGACACCACAGCUGCUGGAGGUGAUAGAUGAUAACCAGGAUGUGGAUGAACUUGUCAGCUUAUCACCUGAGAAAUUGUUGCUGAAAUGGAUGAAUUUUCAUAUGAAGAAAGCAGGAUACAAGAAAACUGUGUCAAAUUUUUCUUCUGACGUGAAGGAUGGUGAAGCAUAUGCUUACCUUCUUAAAGCUCUUGCACCUGAGCAUUCCAGCACAGACAUUUUGGAUACCAAAGAUCCUAAUGAAAGGGCAAAAAAAGUACUUGAACAAGCUGAGAAAUUGGAUUGCAAGCGCUACUUGAGUGAAAAGGAUAUUGUUGAAGGCUCUCCCAAUCUGAAUCUUGCAUUUGUUGCUCAGAUAUUCCAACAUAGGAAUGGCCUAUCCAUUGAUGCUAAGCCAAUCUCCUUGUCUCAGAUGAUGCCAGAUGAUAUCCAAGUUACUCGAGAUGAGAGAGCUUUUCGAUUAUGGAUCAAUAGUCUUGGAAUUGCUACAUAUGUUAAUAAUUUGUUUGAGGAUGUCAGGAAUGGAUGGGUUCUUUUGGAAGUACUUGACAAAGUAUCUCCUGGAUCAGUUAAUUGGAAGCAAGCAAGUAAGCCCCCAAUUAAGAUGCCAUUUAGAAAGGUGGAAAACUGCAAUCAAGUUAUAAGGAUUGGCACACAGUUGAACUUUUCGCUUGUAAAUGUUGCUGGUAAUGACAUUGUCCAAGGAAAUAAGAAGCUUAUUCUGGCUUACCUGUGGCAAUUGAUGCGUUUCAAUAUCCUUAAACUUCUAAAGAACUUGCGAUACCACUCCCAAGGGAAAGAGCUAACAGAUGCUGAUAUUUUGAACUGGGCUAAUGGCAAAGUUAAAGGAUCAAACAGAACUCCUCAGAUGGAUAGUUUUAAGGAUAAGAACUUAUCGAAUGGAUUAUUUUUGCUUGAGCUUCUUAGUUCUGUGAAACCGAGGGUUGUAAACUGGAAAGUUGUUACAAAGGGUGAAACUGAUGAAGAAAAGAAAUUGAAUGCCACAUAUAUCAUCAGUGUAGCAAGAAAGCUUGGCUGCUCUGUGUUUUUGCUGCCUGAGGAUAUCAUUGAGGUAAACCAGAAAAUGAUCCUCACUCUCACGGCCAGCAUCAUGUACUGGAGUCUGCUAAACUCCCGACCAUCAGAGAGUAAUCCUGAUGCACCAGAACUCUCUACUGAGGAUUCUCCCACACCAGCUGCUGCUGCAUCCGGCGGAGAAGGAAGUGCUAUUUCAGACAGCAUUUCCAAAUUGACCAUCGAUGCUGCUGCCUCCGAUACCUCUCAGUCAGAGAAUGGCAGUGCAACUCUUUGAGAGUGAACAAAAUGGCCCACUUUGCCCUAGCAGUUUAGUACAUGGCUCUUUAUACAGUUGUGCUACAAGAUGACAGGAUGCAGAAGAUAUAUUUUUCUACAGUCUCAAACAAGUUUCUUUGUUUUUUUCUGCAUAUAUUUUUUUAUUGGGUGGCAGGGAAGAUGAAUAGGUAACCAGUUUUUGCUUUAAUGGGUAGUAUUUUUGCAAUAGUUAUUCGUUGACAAUUUAUUCAAAUAAUUGAUGGAAUGCUUCAAUUUUCUACUUA